AUGUCCGCCCCAGCACCAUCGAAAGAAGAAAUUGUUCAGCAUUUCCAAAACCUCUGCGGACAACAGCGACAGUACCAAGGAAAACUCGCCGAGCUCCGACAAGAAAAAGGCGAGCACGAGCUUGUCGCUGCCACUCUCAAGGAUGCGGACUCCAGCCGAAAAGCCUGGCGACUUGUCGGUGGCGUUUUGACGGAACGAACUGUCGGAGAAAUCCUCCCAGCUCUGGAAGAACAAAUCAAGGGACUCACCGAAAUCAUGGAGAAAAUCCAAACGGCCAUGAACGACAAGGCCAAAGAAAUCACGGCCUACCGAGAAAAGCACCAGAUCAUGGUCAAGGGAAUGGCCGCUUCCGGACCCGCCACUGGCUCUGGACAGGGCAAAUCCGGCGUCUUAGUCCAAUAA